UACGUACCAGAUUCGACUAUUCAAAAUCGCUCAGACUAGCUAUUAGCAAAGUCAUUUCAAAAAAAUAUACGAAUUUUCCUCGGUAGCUUAUUAAUUUUGGCAUGUAACAUUCAACUCUCGUGUAUGAUGUUGUUGUUGAUCGGCUCCUGUGCCAAUAUACAUACCGCCGCAUCGUUCACAUUUACUCGCUGGUUCUCACUCGCUCCUUCGUAGGCUCUCACUCCCGCUCAUUCGAUACGCAUCUCCUCGGCAAAGAUAAUCAACAGUUUUCCGUUGAUUUUCUCGGUCGGUUUCAUUUUUUGGUCGGUCGUGAUACAAUCGUCUCCGUGUAUUUUUGCAUGUAUUCUUGUAUCUCGUGCGGCACCGUGUGCCUUAUGAUCGUACUUAUCCCAAACACUGAACGAGAAGUAGUCACAAUUUGAUUUUUUUUAAACUCCGUCUCUAUCUCUGUCUCUCGCCCGCACUGAAUGGAUCUAAACUAAAUCUGUUUACAAUAAUGAUGCGUUUGAAAAGUCAUGUAUACUUGUAUUCUAACACGAAUUCACGUGUAUGCUACCGUCAUCUAUCUAUCAUCAACGAAGGGGAAAUGAAUACGGACGGACGGGAGCGUUUGUAAAUAAAAAGUCGAAUAUUUAGCACAUCUUAAACGAGCGAAUGAUUUACGAAAACACAAGAGAUAGCGGAAAAAAACGCACAUGGAAUGAUUUACGACCGAUAGGAAUCAAAACAAACCAUACGAAUUAUCCUUUAAACGGAUGUAUGUUUUUCAUUUUGUAAUUGAUGCGAGAGAGAGAGAGAGAAAAACAAACUUCGCUUGAAAUUGUCUAUUUCUCAAUGAAAUUUGAACUGUGUAUGGCAGCGUUCCGCAACGACAUAAAUUCAGCGUUGCGGUCACCUUAAAAAAAUUCAUUCAUCUAUUGCACUCUAUGCAUAUAAUUCAUUUUAUACCAAUUUCAACAUUCAUCAGCAGCAACAGCUACCGACGAGAGACGAGACACAAGGGAAAACCAACCAACGUUCUAGUUUAGAAUAUGGCUCUGUUUUUUGGUGUACUUGUCUUUUGCAUAUACAGACGAUCAUCGGAACGCACACUCGAAACAAGCAAACAAAAGCACGUCUACUGCGCAUACCUUGUGGCUAUGUAUGUGGAUGCGUGCAUGUGUGUAUGUAUGCAACAUUAAACACACAAACAUGAGCGCCAAGCCAGAAUAUCGAACAUCUCGAAAUCUCGAUACUUCAAUAAAAAAAACGACUGUCAAAUGAUAUUGUUUAGAGAAAUCGAAGCGUCGCACCAGAAGAGCGUAAAUUGCAUAAUUUUGUUUAUGUAUCUUUUUCGGAAAUAAACAUCGAAAUUGUAACGUAUUUCAAUCGAACGCACAUUGAAAGCGUCGAAUGAAGCGCAUAAAAUGGUAGUAUAGUGGCGUGGAUUCGGUGUGGAAAUGAAAAAUCUGCAUGCAGAAACAUUGUUUGAAUGCAAUUGUAUAUCGGCCAUAAACAUUGUGUGUAUAUCGUUGAUGGUCUAGUGUUGUUUGAUAAAUAAAAGCAAACGAAACGAAACGACGAAAAAUCUAUCCAAGUGUACAUGUGCAUGUGUUGUAAAACCGAAAAAAGUGAAAAUUCCGUUCCGCGCUUGAAAUUUCGGAAUUUUGUCUUGUCGCAAAUCAACAAACAAGCAGUUUUGUCAAAGUGUUUUUGGUGGAAAAAUUCAACACGAGAUAAAUAUUGGGCAGUCAAACACCGACGACACAUCCACCAAGAGCAUCAACAUAGAGUGAAAAUCUGUGUAGCUAGCGAAGGGGCAUACGAGAAACGAGAGAAAAAAACCAAUAUAUUCUAUUUGGUGUAACGCGUAUACAUAACCUCAAAAAACAGCCUUUUUGUUUUGCAUCUAUUUCUUUUAAUUUUUUUUUACGUGCACCGCGAUUCGCUCGCAUUUUGUGCACUGUGUAUUUGUGAGCCCAAGUGCGCGUAAUAUGGCUUGACUUUUAUUUAUUGAUCAUGGCAUCAUCAUCAUAAUUUUAAAAAUAGAGAGAGAGAGAGAACCAUUUUGACCAGAGAGAUGAAUUGAAAUGAUCUUGGCGAUUGAAAUGCUUUAUUUAGACUGUUUUUGAGAACGCUUGCAUACAAAUCGAAAAAAAUUAGCUUGAUUGUAUAGAAAAGGAACGACCCGUAAUUUCGAAAAGAAAAGAUGUCUGGAUAUCGGUGUGUCAACUAUUAUGAACUAUGCCGUUUGUGCACGGCAAGCCAUUGCACGAAAAAAGUGCACAUCUUCUCUGAGGAGGGAAGAAGGAAAAAUUUAUAUGAGAAAAUCGCUGGCUGUUUACCGAUUGUUGUCAGCGAAACAGACAAACUACCAAAAAUCGUCUGCUCACAAUGUCUUACCCAAGUGGAAACGAUUGUGAAAUUCCGAGAGACAUGCGUCAAUGCCCAAUCCAUGCUGGAGAGCUGCUUAAACUCAACCAAACUACGAAACGGAGGAAAGGUUUAUAUCAAGGAUGUGUCACCGAAAAAGACGCCAACAUCGCCACCAAUGCUGAAGACCAUUUCGAAUACCAGCACCCCGAUCACCAUUGGCCAUACAACGCUCACCAAAACUUCAGUACAAAACUCGAAAAACUCCACCGAUUUCCUAAGUAGUAUUAUCCAGGCGGUCGGCAUUCAGAAUGUCGAUGAAUCAAAUGAACCACAAAUUAUCAACAACAUUCAACCAGUGCAACAACAACAACCGCAACAGCAACAGCAACAGCAACAACCAGUGCAACAAUACACAAUCACAUUGGAUGGAAAGACGCUAAAGUCCAAUCAAAUUCACUAUAAAAUCGAGCCAACGGGUGCAAUAACCAUUCAAGACCCACAAUUCGUACAGCAAACACACACCACACCAACUCAACAAACAGCCAUAAGCAACAACACAUACUCCCAAGUGAAUGAGUUUCUGAAACUCAAGCCAGCCAAUGCAACAAAAGUGACACCAAUUCUGAAGCGCAAAGAACCGACUGUGAAAAUUAUCGAAACAUCCCCAUCGAAAAAGCCCAAAAUUAAUUUGGUGUUGACCAGCCCGCCGGUGCAACAACAGCAAAAAGUUCAAUCGAACACAGUUACACAUAGUAUAGCACCGGGUAACACCAUCACCGUGGCCAAUACCGCAAACAAAACGCAAGCGAUCACAUUACAAGAUCUGAAAUUCUUGUCGUCUGGCAAUAAAUGCUUCUUACCAAUCACACUGAAAGACGGCAGCAACAAUGACCAACAGAUUAUGGCACAGAUUGAUACGAAAAAUCUCGUUUUACCUGGCACAUAUUUGCAAAUGAAAGUGGACCCGCAGCAAAUUACCACCGUUGACGGUCAACAAGUGGUCCAACUCACAUCGACCGCUAACCUACCAACAUCAAUUUCAUUGGCACAGCCGCAUUACGUUCAAACGCAGCACCAUUCAACGGAAAGUAUUCAACAGGCGACCAUCGUUCCGGAAACACGUACCAUUUAUACUUCUAGCGGACAAAAUAUUACCAUUACGCAGGAUCAUCAGUUAACCGCUGACGGCAAAGUUCAAUUCACCACAUUGCAAAAUGUGGUGCCGCAAAAUGUCACAUUACCAUUGCCCGAAACGUCCGCAAUCACGUUCCAAAGGGUCAAAGUGGAGCAAGCACAGGAGAAAAUGGAAACGAAACCGGUUGCCAAACCACAAAUUUUCAAGCUACCCACUCUAUCAAAUACAACGACAUCAACAACCAGCACGUAUGCCGCACAUGCCAAGACAGCCGUUCGAAGAACCAUGACGAAAACAACGGUGGUCACGGCAAAGCCAAACAACAAAGCCAAUGCCAUUAAAGUGGAGACAUCCGAUUCAAACACAUCGACAACCCUUGUCACAACGCAAACCACAAACUCAUCGUCUGGUGGUGGCGGUUCGGCCAAAUCGGACGUUCCAACAUGUGAAAUCUGCGACAAGGUAUUUAAACGGAAGGAGCAUUUGGCUCAGCAUGUGAAACUGCAUUUGGGAUUGCGACCGUUCAAGUGUGAAGAGCCUAACUGUAAUAAGGCGUUCAGUCGAAAGGAGCAUCUGAUGCGACACUGUGUGUCACACACCGGCAAAAAGCAAUUCGAUUGUGAUAUUUGCCAUAAGCUGUUCUCUCGAAAGGACAAUCUCAACAAACACAAAAAGUCGCACGAACAAAAACAACAGGUACAGCAGCAGCAGCAGCAGCAGCAGCAGCAACAGCAGCAAGCACCCGAACCGGUACAACAGCAACCAACGUUGGUGUACACAGUCACUGCAGUGAACUAAAAAUUCCAAUGAAACAUUUCGUGCGCACUUUUUCCAACGGUCGAACCGUUUCUCAUCUUAAACAAAUCAAAUCAUUCUUUUCUUUUUCGAAACCAUAAAAAAAAACACUUGAGUUAACAACAACAGAAAAGUGCUGGAUCUUUAAGACUCAAAUGGGUUUCUCUUCAUUGAUUAAAUAUAAAAUGUUUGUAUCGAAAUCUUGCUCUUUGCUUGCUAAUGAUUUGCACACACACAGAGCCCACAUGCACACACUCACACUUAUUGGAAACGGCUUAUGAAGAUGGCAUAACAGUUGUAAAAUGGCGAUAAUCGUGCCCUUUUUGGUGGCAAGGAUUCUUUGCAUGACAUUCAAGAGGUGCAAUUUAUGAAAAAUAAAAAGAAGAAAAUGAGAAAACACACAAAAAUUAACAAAAAUCGAUUCAUUUUGAUCGAAAGUGGGUGUUCUCCUCAGAAAUCGUUCACAAUCUCAAUUGCAUUCGUGUAUCCAUUAAUUAAUAUAUUUGUAUAAUUUAGUUUCCAAAUGAAAUAUCUCCGUCGUAUCAAACACUAAAGCAAAUCAUUUGAAUCUGUCGCGCAUUAAUUCACACACCGUUCGAUGUGCAAGCAUAAUUUAAAGAAACUAAUCAAAAUGACCAUAAUUGGCACAAAUAUGGCUGAAUUUCGAAUUCAAUCACACAAACACACAAUUGCAUUGUCAAAGCAGCACAGUGGCAUCAUCAGCAACCAAAUCCAAGAGAAAAAAGAACAUUUAAACUAAAUUAUCAUCUAAAUGUAAGAAGGUUAGAAAAAUUUACAUUUAAAAACAAACGUAAGAUUAAGACUUUUUUGAGAUUUUUUGUCGAUUCCUAUUCAUUGUGAAGAAUUGCUUAGUGAUGUAUAAUCGGAGAGCAAGCAUGUAUAAAUUAAGCAUAACUCAAAGAAAGAAAGUACGCAAAGAAACCAACACUCACACACAUUCACGUAUCCAGAUACAAGAAACAUGUUCACCAUCCCAAGAGAAUUAAAACACAUCGUAUCUAUUUACGUGAAAUCAGCAUGAAAAUAAGGAAAAAAAAAGAAACUUUGAUCGUUAAGUCAGAGACAAUUUUAAAAACUUAUAAAGAAAAUAAAAAAACAACACGCAAACAUUUUUACGUCAUUCAAAUUAUAAUAAUUGUGCAUGUAGAAACCAGUUCAAGAUUUAGGACCAUGAGUGUCAUAAAUUAAUUAUUCGUGCGGAAAAACAAACAAAAAAUAUGUGUCGAUGCACAUAUUGACUGAGUGAAAAUUGUCAAAAUCAAAGAAGGCUACAGCCGGCUUGUGAAAAUUGAAAUUGAAUGUGGCGGCAAUGCAACGUAAUUCAUUUCCGGCAUUUGCCAUCCACCACACCUUAUAAAUUUAUCCGUUUUUCGACCGAAACAUUUCCCAACUGAACAAUCGCAAUGAACACCAAUGGUUCACGGAAUGCAAGGAAGGAAAUACACAAUACUAUUGCAGAAUUCACAUUGAUCUUAAUUUAUUGUCUUUGUUAUUUGUACCGACUUGUAUAUUAAAAACAAAUAUUGUAUUUUUUUUCUGUUUUAUUUCUUCUUUUUAUGUUGUGUGUAUUGUAUUUUUUGUUCGACAAAAAUAAUUAAACUGAUGAAACAAUUCCAUGAAAA